AUGAAGGUUGUGGAGUUGUCAGAAGACCCGAGGUCUCCUCUCUCUGUUCUUCCAACUGUGAACUAUCAGAUCAUCAAUGCAGGCCACCUCCUCCUCAGAGAAACCAGUCAGGACAGAAUUGACAACUCCAGCCUGAAGGUCCAAAGGCAACCUUUCAUCCUCACCGGACUGAGUGGCCAGCCAGCCAUAAAUGUCAGCUACGGUCCCAUGUCUUUGGAACAGUCUAUACUACCCCAUAUGAUCUACACCGGCCCCAGGAUCCGACCGUUUAUACUUGCUCGUCAGAUUCGAUCAUCUACACCCGUGAUAUACCUGCUUUUUUAUGCAACUGGCAACAGGGGUGAUGUGACAGAAUUUGGGCCUAUGCAGAACAUGCCGGGUGAAGGAGGACAUAUUUGCAUUACGGCAUAUGCCUUUUGGGAAACCAGGGAAGUCACGGGCAGCUGCUCGAUUCCUGCUGAUGGCGGUUUCUGCUUGGUGCAUCUAAAACCUGAGCCAGCGUGGUUCAGCCCUGGAGGUGGUCGAUCUAACUGGGAGCACAGAAGCGAUCAGAGAGGCAAUGUUGCUGAGAUUUAUUACCUAUCCAGACUCAGUCCUAAUGGUCAGUGUGUCCCUCAAGAGAGUAAGCAGAGGCGGGUUCCACAGCAGGGCGAACCAGGUCGCCAUUUCUCGGGAUCCACCAUGAAGAGAAUUGGAAUUGUGAACCUCCUGCGUUCCCCUCCUGGAAACCCCACAUUUAUGCGUUUGCGCCUCGGGGGCGCCGUCAUUAUCCAGACCUCCUCAAAGCCAUUAAAGACCACAGACACCGCCACCUUCUACGUGUUCCUGUCAGGUACAUCACCGGUUGAACAUUUCAUACUCAGAGCCACGGCAAGAAAAGGUAUAUCAUUCAGCCGAGCUAGACCCAGUGACGCCAACCUAUGGGACAUCACUCUGGAACCCGGGAGAGGAAGUGAUGCCCAAACCAUUUCUGUGACCUGCCAGAAGAAAAGCACAUUAACUAGCAAAAGAGGUCUUCUAGAGGUCCUGCAGCUGGACUUUGAGUCGGAGGAGCAGAGUGACCAGUUAGAGAGCCAGAUGGUCACGUGGCGACUGGAGUUGCCUGGAAACAUGAUCCGGGAUGAAGGGACCAUGAGGAUCUACACUAUCCAGAGAGACUAUGUGGGCAUAGCACCUUUGAUCACGGAUACGGAGCUCCUUAAUACGGCCGUGCUGACUGGAAAGAGGGUCUCUGUGCCUGUGAAGGUUUUGGGAGUGGAGGCUGAUGGCUCAAUCACAGAUAUCACCAACUCUUCUCGUUGCAGGUCUUCAGACCAGGAUGUGCUGAAGGUGUCUGAGAGAUGUGAUUCUGUGUACGUCAACGGUAAAGAGACUCAUGGGAAGGUGAAGAUCAUGGUGAACUUUACCUACAGUUACCUGAGUGCUCAGCUGGAGAUGAGCGUGUGGAUGCCUCGACGCCCACUGCUGAUUGAGAUGUCUGAUCCAGAGCUCAGUCAGAUCAAAGGCUGGAGGGUUCCUGUCAACGGAAACAAAAGAGUGAGCUGGGACACGGAGGAGGAUGAUGAGAGGAAAGGCAGAGGCUGCAUGCUGCAAUAUCAGCACAGUUUGAUUCGAGUGCUUACUGUUUUCACUGCGGAUUCGCCAGAUCCGAGCGGCCCAUCUCCGGCGUACUUUCUUGGCUCUGAUUGGCAGGUGGAUGUGACGGGGCUGGUGCAAUAUUUUUUGAAAAUGGGGGAUAUGACCGUGGCACGCUUGCAAGCAGGAAACGUGCUGGCGGGGAGGGCUCCGGGCGUCACAACCUUGCAGGUGAUGUCCCCGCUGUCAGACUCGGUUCUGGGUGAGAGGAUGAUCCGGGUAGUGGAUGAUAAAGUCAGUAUUACAGAGUUGGGAGUGCAGCUGGUCUCUGGCCUUUCGCUGAACCUCCAGCUCAGCCCUGGAAGCAACAGAGCCAUCGUUGCCAAGACGACCACACAGGAGACCAUGCACAACCUUAAACAGAGACCUCAUCGUCUCUUCAUGGGCUCUGGAAGCACCACUCCUCAGGCUUUGCAUAAUGUAUUUUACCCUAGAAUUUAUGACAACCUGUGGAGGCCUGUAGUUGGCUGCUGGCUACAGUUCAGCGAUGGCUCCCGGACUCCUCUCGAUCUGUACGAUCCCAGCGGAUAUUACCUCAGCAUCAUUUCGCUGGACCAAAGGGUAGUGUCCGUACGGAAUAUGCCGGGUUCGGUCUACGUUGUUGUUGCAGAGGCUGAGGGACAGGGCCAACUGCUCAGAGCCGAGCUCGCCAUCUGCGAGGCCUGUCAGAAAUCUAAACGCAAGAGCAAGUUAGCUGUGGGUGGAGGCACAGUAACGGUUAAAUUCCCACUGGACGAGCAGCUUGCAGGGAUUGGGAAGAAAGAGACCAGCGCUGGAAUGGAGAAUGACCGUGCCAGUGACGGUGAGGAAAAUGACAGUGAAUCCAAACUGAUUCUUACCUCUCCUUCAAACACAUUUCAGCCUGCUGGUAUCCAUGAGAGCAUCCCGAGUGGGAUCAAACUUGUAACCAUGUUCAAACUGCAAGAAGCGAUUGGCGGUGGUGUAUCCACAAUUAAGUCAUUGAACAGCGUGGAGACGACUUCUAUCACCAAUCCCGUCGCAGACAAAGCUCUCAUAACCGUAGGCCCGAGAAGUCCAAAUGAUUAUAGAAACCAAAUUGAGAACUCUGACUUCCCCUUUCAAGUUGAAAAACCCAAGCAGGAAACUCCACUCGUAGAGAGUGAUCUGAUACAGAUGUUCAAUGUGUUCGCAGACAUAGAAGUUUGCAUCUAUGCACUAGUAGGAGUCUUGUGCUUGGCCAUCAUAGCCGUUCUGCUAAACUGUGCCACCCACAAUGUGAAAUCACGCAAGAAAUCGCCCAUUCAGUGCCAGGCUCCUACCGAGCACAAGCAUCAUUGGGUUCGAGUGGGCACGGCUACAGAGCAAAGAAAAGUGGUGCCAAUCGCAACCACCUGUAAGCAGGAGAUGCAGACGGCUGUGGAGAUGCCAAGAAGCAUUCAGAUUCAGAAGAGCACAGAGCGGUCCAGAGGCACAGAAAUGAUUCAGUCACGGGACAUACCAGCUACUGUAGCUGAGGAGAGGACCGCCACUCUGGGAAGAAGAACCAACACUCUUCCUCUACGACGUGAUCCUACGGCUUUCAGAUCGGCUACUCUUCUUCCGAAACCUGUUCGCAGUGAACCUCUACAUUCUCCCACAAGCAAGAGGAAUCAGGUCCAGUUUACAACCUUCACCACUUUGGACAUCAAACAUCUGGCUGCUCUAAAGAAGAGUGCUCAGAGUUUCAGCUGGGCAAACCAGCCGGUUGGAGUAAGCCAAGGUACUGGUAUUGGAUUGAGCGGACAGGUUGAAAGAACCAAUCAUGUGAACGUAUGUAGUCAAGUGGAAGGGUCUGUUCCGAUGGUGGACUCCAGUGAGUCCAGAGGGUUUCUUCCAGAAGGUCCGUGGCCUGUGGCUAAACCAGUGUCAAAAGUGUGAAACGCUGUUUGUGUUGAGAAUGUCUGUGUUUGUGUGAAACAGGAUGUGCAUGUGUGUCUGAAUUGUAUGUAUAAAAUUAACAUGUACAUAUUUCUGUAACCCUUUUUACUUUCCUGCUUUUGUAUAUUUGUAUGAAUAUUCAAGAUAUUAGAGAUUACUACAAAUAUUUAAAAAAACACACAUAUAAACAUAUUUAUGUAAUGCUACUAUAUAUACUUAUAUGCAGUAUAAAUUAUAUAUGCAAUUAUAUAUGUUUUUUUAUAAUAUUGGUAACAUUUACAAUAAGGUUCUAUUCGUUAACAUUAGUAGAAAAAUAACCCAGUGGCUUAAAUAUCACAAAAAAGAAAAAAAAAACAUUUACAUAUAUAUUUUUAAGUUUAUUUAAUUAAAAGAAAUUACUAAAACUUAUUAUUAACUAAUUAAAAUUAAUGUAUAAUUUUUUUUAGUUUUUAAUAAUUAAUUAUUUAUUUUUAAUCUAAUUAACAAAUUAUAUUUUUAACAUACCCGUAAUAUUAUUUUGUUGACUCACAGGUAAGGGCUGUUGUUUGUAAUUUAUUCAUGAUAAAGCACUAGCCUUAAAUCCCUUAUUGCUUUUACAAAACGGUUACCACACAACACAAAUAUUAAAGCCAAAAAAUGAUGUAUCGUUGCAACUUUCAUGAUAUAAAAUGACUAAAAACCUUCCUUCCGCUGAACAAAAAAUUGUCCCUGAUCUACUGUGAACAGCACAGAAUGUUUAGAUUAUGUUUCUAAGUGUAAGGGUGCAGUGUUGUUUAACAUGAAAAAAAUACAUCAAACCACUGACCAAUCACAAUCACGAACUGGAUCAAACCCUUUUAUGCAAUACAAUUGUUGGUUUAUGUAAAUGCAUUAAUAAAGACAACCUUAUUGUAUAACCAAAAUAUUACAUAAAAUGUAGUAAAUGUAUUUUUAAUCUAAUGACGUUUCUCCUUGUAAGUAGGCCU